AUGGGUUCACGCAGCGGUAGUAUCGGCGGCAAGGCGGCUGCGUCAUCAUCGUCGCUGCGGGCCGUGCGGGCGUGCCUUGCCCUGUGCCUGCUCCUGCUGCUGUCUCGCUGCUCGCCAUGCCAAGGCCGCGAGCUGCUGGCAGCGGCCGAAGAGGAAGGCGGCAAGGUGAUGUACUUCGAGGGCGGCCUGGUGCUCAGAGUGCCACCGCCACCUAGCGUCGUCGUCGGCGAGGAGCCCGUGGCGGCGGCCCCGGUGCCGAAGGGGUUCGCGGCCGCCGGCAGGGCCGCGCGGUUGAUGCGGUCCGUGCCCAGUCCAGGCGUCGGGCACUAG